UUCUGGUGUUUCCGCUACGUGUGUGCAUACCGCUUUUCCGCGGUCUUGGUUGAGGCAAAGGUGCAGAGAUAGGAAAAGUCUGAACCGCUUGCAUAUAUUUCGAUCACCACGCAAUCAUCGCAGCCCGUAUCCAACGCACGCGUUCAAAGCGUCCAUGGUAGUUCGUCUAAGAGUGGAUGUGUACGCAAUCAAAUGUUGUAGGUGUUGCGAUCGGCGAGCUCCAAGCAUGGAGGAAUACGCUAGUGACCAUCGCGGAGAAAUGUCCGCUUUCGAGUAAUAAGCGACCGAGUGAAAGUAGUCCGAUGGUAAUUGAGUGCGAAGCGCAACAGACCCGAGCAGUGCGCGGCGUGUGAAGUAAAGGAAUUAUCAAAAAAAAAAACAUAAUCUAUUCGAAUAAUGCUGGAUGGAUUCAAACAUUUGUAUACAUAUAUAUGUAUAUAUAGUGUGUUCGAGGCAAGCAAUGUUUGAGUAUCAUCGUACGGUUUGACUCUCCACGCGAACAACAACCAAAGCGAGCAGCGAAAUAAGGCUUACCGAUGAGGAAAGCUGGAAAACCGGUAUCUCUCAACCCCGAAAAAAUACCUUCAAUCAACCACUGCAGAACGACCGCGCUAGCCACGUGUCUCUAUGUGUGUGUGUUUGUUUGUGUGUGAGCCGGAUGGUUGAUUAAGUUUAAAGCUUGUACGUCUACCGCGAUCCCCAAGCUUAAUCCGCGUGCUCUCAUGCCUUUUGCGAUGGUCAUCAGCCUCGGAAGGUCAUCCGCAAGCGAACGAUAAAAAGCGGUGCAGGCAACAAAAGCCAUUUUUGUUUCCUUUCGGUUGGCAACCCCUUUUAUUUAGCUGCAGCAUCCAUCUUCCUCCAAUAAGCAGCCAUUUCCUCGAAACUACUAAGUGAUCUUUGUUGCCGACAUGACGUCUUCAGCACCAAAUGCUCACCAGCAGCAAUCACCCACGGCUUCGCGAGGCGAUCGGCCGCUUAGCUUUUACGACAACCUGUCGAACUCCUCGAACGGUGGACGAACAAUCCAGUUCCCCGACAUCCAGUUUCGAUUCAAUGAAAACAUUCCCGAUCGACGCUCGGUGCAUAGCAGCGCCAAAUCGGACUUUUUUGGACUCAGUCCCGCACCGGCGACUGACCGGCUUAGCCUUACCACGAACGCUGAAGAGGAGACAGAUCAUUCGCCGACAAACACGGUCGUUAGUCCGCCGAACAACCCGAGCAGAUCGUUUGAAAAUGGCGCAGGAGGAAUUGCAGGUGCGUCCGCUUCUUCGCCAACGUCCAGUGGUGGUUCGUCCACCGCACCAAUGCAUUCACCAUCGGUGUCACCUUCCAGCAUAACGGAAAUGGCUACCGAUGCGACCACCAGCACACCACGCUGCUCGCGACCCAACUCCACCAUCAAAACCAUCACCAUCAAACUGCCCGACACAAGUGGACCGUCAGAGGCCGUAUAUAUGACAACGACUGUGCCGCAAAACUUCACCAAAAAUGCUAAUACGCUCAUCGGUCGCCACAAGCCAACACGCAGCAGCCUCCGACACAGCCGGAUGUUGGUGGUAAACAAAGCAAUACCGGUGCGGUACCCACCCGGCAACUCGUUAAACUUGCGCCACCUGCGUCUCUGCCGAACGUUGAUGAUCUUGCAGAUUUUGAUCGGUUUGAUGCUAAACACCAUCGGCCUUGCCAUCAUGGUUUGGUCACCGUCCACCAACACCAAGGAUAAUCCGUACUGGUCGGGCUUGAUUCUUAUUCUAUGUGGAGUACUAUUUUUAGUACUGUUCCAGUUUAAGCGUGGCCGGACCGGUACCGACAAAGGUGCAUUAAAUGGAUCCCGAAUGCACCAGCCGCAAUCCCAAUGGCACGAAAAUUGCUUUCACUUUUUGCGUGUAAAUGCCCUAAUCGUGCUGUUGCUGACCAUCUUCUUUACCAUGCUUGCCUUCAUCUACGCGCUGAUACAUGCGACCAACCUGUCUGCCGCGGGCCUACGUUGCGAACCGCAGUUUACUUUUAACGUCAACUCAUCCACCUGCGUUUGUACGAUCGAUACUCGCCCGGCCAGCACCACUGCAUCACCGAUGGUAGCAAACAUGACAAAUCCAUCGGACGACGCUGGGUUCAAUGAAACUUUAUCCGGUUCCGGUAGUGGUCCUUUCAGCUUCAUGAAUGGAGACGACUCGCGGGUACCCGAAGGAGUGAUACGUCUCGAGUACCGCGAUUUUAACUGCAAUGAAGUGCACAGCAUCUGGUACUACGUGAUGAUUGUCUCAACGUUGCUAAAUAGCAUCGGGUGUUUGCUGGCAACCAUAUUCCUAGUCAUCUACAGCAUCGAGUGCAUGCGACGAUCAGAUCGUCAAUCGCACCGUGCAAAGAAUGGUGAAACAGGCGAACGCAUGGUGGUAAAUGUUAUCACGGCAACAAACAACCCCAUCCCAGGUCAUCCAUCCGCACCAAAUAGCGUACCGGAUGCAUCAACCCUACCGCUCCUAACGGUCGCCACACAAACAUCCCGUGUAAUCGAAAACCCAGAUACCAGUAUGUUUAGCACCAAUAGCAAUAACAAGCAAGAAACGGGUUACCACGAUACAACCGUUGAGGAAAACACAAUAACGACGCUCCUUUCCGACGAGGAAGACAAAACAUUAAUGUCUUGAUGGUUUACAAUGCUAUAGGGGUAUUAAGCAGCGUUACCGUAACAAAUCAAUUCCUACGCUGAUAUUGCUAUUCAAUGAAUUAAAUGCAGUAUAUGAGACGGUGCUAUAUGAACUUCCUAUACCAUAGCUAUGGAAGCUAACUAAAAUAACCAUGUAGAGAUGAGUGCCCCAGGAACGAACAGUAUUUUGUAAGCUAUAAGCAUCACAAUAAAUCCAAGCGCUAUUGGAGGCGCGUGGUGUUGUGUAUUGAUUGUAAAAAUUAGCUAAUAUCUUUGCUACACUUGAUGCUAAUUUCACAUCCAUGUGUAGACACUAUUGUAAAUUUUCGUUCUUGAUUUUGGGCAAAUGCGUGCUUAAGCUAUACUUUUCUUGUUAAUGGUAUAUGAAAAUGGAAUGAAUAAAUGUUUUUAAAGAAAUCUAAAA